AUGCGCCGGGAAAGCCACGGUUUGGGGCAGCAGAGAGGUUUUGCGGCAAGUCUUAUCCUGCCGAAAAAUCCGAUACUUGAAGCCAACCCUGCCAACCCACUCACGAGCGAGUCGCAAAAGGCGUUGCCCAAGUGGACAGAAGAGGGCCGGAGAUCAACCGUGAGCGUCUGCAAGUGCGAGAACAAGGGCAUGGAAUUUGCUCGACUCCUCCAGAUAUGGCCUGAUUUCACGCCGCGAGGCGAUGGGAUGAAUCAAGGUGUCUGGACCGAGGGAAUGACUUCACAGUCAGACCGGUUGGACAACGACGACAACAACAACAACAACAACAGCAACAAGAUCAACUGCAUCAAGAGGGCAAACAACGGCGGGACUGGGCUCGGGAUUCUCUCGAUGGGCCAGCCCUGUUCGCGGUAG